AUGUCCACAGCAACAGAGGCACCCCCCCUCUACACGCCAACAGCGAGGCGACCGUCAACCUCCUCAACCCCAUCCCUCCCAGCCUAUUCCUCUCCCGCCAUCGCCCGCCAACAACAACAGCCCUUCACACCGACGACGACCCUCAGGAUCAUGACCCCAGGCAAGGCAACCAUCUCCCUCCCCGGGCCCCCGGCACCGCACCCCAUCCCGGUCCACGACGCCGCAGAACCCCCCGGCGCCCCGGCAAAGUACAUCUCCCUCCGCGCAACCCGCCGCUCCGGCACCGCGACCCUCGUCCCGGGCCACGACACAUCAGCCGCGGUCCUCGCAACAACAAGCUACCGCUUCGGGCCCAGACGGCCGCCGACCCUGACGCUGCACGGCCACGGCGCCCUCUCGUCACGGGAAGCAGCACGCGCCCGAGUCGGACGCCGUGAAGCGGACGCGGAAGCGGCGACGGCCGGGCGCGACUUUGCAACCGAGCUGACGGCCCCCGCGCUCUCGCGGACCACGACCCUCGACACCCCCCUCGGCCGGUUCCGCUGGCGCUACCCUUCGCGCGCCGAGAAGACGGACGGCGACCACGGCCAGGGCGAGGGCCACGACGGCCGCUCGCGCCUCCUGCUCGAGCGCGUCGCGUCGCUCGCCGCGGGCAAGGGUGGACGGGCUGGCGGGGCGGGGCGGAUUGUCGGCUGUCUCGUCCGCGGAAGGGGGGCCGCGGCCGGAGAGGGCGGGGACCUGCAGCUCGACCUCGCGGCGGCGGACGAGGCGGUUGCGGAGGCGUUGCUUUCUGCGGGCGGGGCCGGCGCGACGGAUGAGAAAGAGCGGGAAAAGGAGAAGAUGGCGGCGCGGGACGUGCUCGAGCUUGUGGCUGUCGCGAGCUGUAUCGCCAUGCUCAAGAGGGAGGUGGACCGGCUGCGACUGAGGCAGGGGCUUGUCCUGGCGGGAGCGGCGGGAGGCUCGUAG